AUGAGAGUGAUGAUCGGCAUCCAACUGGUCAUGGCCGGCUACCAGCUCCCGGCGAAGUACCAGAAGAACAGAUGGAAGGACAUGCUCGUGCUCAUGAUCCCCAUCAUGACGCUCAUGUGGCUGGCCACGACCAUCUGCAUCCUCGCAACGAUCCCCAAGGUGACGCUCCUGGGCGCCAUGGUCAUCGCGUCCUGCGUCACCUCGACCGACCCGGUGCUGUCGCAGGCCGUUGCAAAGGGCCCCUUCUCCGACAAGUUUGUCAGGCGGUCCCUCCGCGAGAUCAUCUCCUCCGAGGCCGGCGCCAACGACGGGUUCGGCUUCCCGUUCCUGAUGCUGGCCACGUACCUCAUGCGGCACGCCGAGGGCUCCGAGGCGAAUGCGGACGCUUCGGCGGCGCAAGCUGUAGCCCGGGCGAUCCUGCCCCGUGCCGGGGACGUCGCCCGUCAGGGUGGCGGUGUCGGCAUCGCGCUGCAGAACUGGUUCCUCGAGACGUGGCUCUACUUUGUCCUGAUGAGCAUCGCUUACGGCGUCGUUGUGGGAACGCUGAUCAGAUUUGCCCUCAAGUACUCUGUCAGGAAGAAGUGGAUUGACUCGGAGAGCUACGUGCUCGUGCCCACGGCGAUCGGUCUCUUCAUGAUGGGCACAUCCGGAUCCAUCGGAACCGACGAUCUUCUAUCUUGCUUCGUCGCCGGCAGCGCGCUCAACUGGGAUGGCGAGUACCUGGCCGAGGCGCAAAAGCGACACGACGAAGUCAACGCCAGCAUCGACGUCCUUCUCAACUUUGGGGGCUUCAUCUACCUCGGGAGCAUCAUCCCCUGGAGCGAGUUCAGCUCGGACGUCACAGGCAUCAGCCCCGGCCGACUGUUCGGCCUCGGCGCCCUCGUGCUCGCCUUCCGCCGCAUCCCCGCCGUCCUCCUCACCUACAAGCUCAUGCCCAACACCAUCAAGGACUGGAAGGAAGCCCUGUUCAUGGGAUACUUCGGUCCCAUCGGCGUCGGCGCGGCGUUCUACGUGGAGCACGCCCGCCACCUCUUCCCCAAGGUCGCCGAGGCCGCCGGCGACAACGAGGUGACGGACAUGCUCCGAGCCAUCGGGCCCGUAGUCUACUGGCUCGCGCUCUUCUCCAUCAUCGUCCACGGGCUCUCCAUCCCCGCCCUCAACCUCAUCUACGAGUACAUGGGCGUGCAGCCCAUCCAGGAGGACGCCGUCGCCGUCCGACGCCGGUCCGUCCGCGUGCCGCCGCCGUCGAACGCCGUUGAGGGCGACAGGGAGACCUUCAUCGCCUUCAACCGCUUCUCGCGGCCCAACCUGUCGACGGAGUCGCUGUCCCACAUGGGCGACGACGACUCCUCUACGGUGACGGACGAGAAGAUCCGGUGGCCCGACCUCGAGUCGGGCCUGCGGCAGGCCAAGAAGAACGCGAAGCUGUCGCCGAGGCGGAGCUUCAACGUCCCGCGGCUGAGCCCGCCGCGCAGCCUCAGUCGGCCGGCGACGAGCGCCAGCCAGGUCAAGUGGGACCAGUCUCACGCCACGCAGGAUUAG